AGGGAACAUCAGACAGAAAUCAUGGGUGCUUUCCUCCCUUGGUACACCUUCACUGCUGUCAUUCUCCUGGCUAUUCAUGGAGGUUUGUGUGUGGAUAUCAUUGGAGGAACUGAAGUAGCGCCACACUCGAGACCAUUCAUGGCCCAAAUCAAGGGACGAAGAGGAAUUAUUUGUGGAGGAGCUUUAAUUAAGGAAAACUGGGUGUUAACAGCUGCACACUGUAACACGAAAAAAAGCAAAGUUAUUCUUGGAGCCCAUUCAUCAAAUAAAAGAGAAAAAGAACAGCAAGCUUUUCAGAUUGCAGAACGUUUUCCUCAUCCACGCUACAACCCCAGUACCAAGGAAAAUGACAUUAUGCUGCUUCAGCUUCGGGGAAGAGCAAAACUUAAUAAAGCUGUGCAAACAAUCCCACUGCCUUCUUCAGAUUAUGAUCCCAAACCAGGAACAGUUUGCACAGUAGCAGGAUGGGGUAGGACUACAAAUCCUUUGAAAAAUCGUCCAGGCAAUCUCCCUUCUGCCCUGAUGGAAGUCAAUGUCACUGUCAUCAGGAGGGAAAUAUGCAACGAUGAAAAGCAUUAUAAUGGCAAACCUGUCAUAACAAAGAACAUGAUAUGUGCAGGAGCUAAGAAUAAGGAUUCAUGUAGUGGGGACUCUGGUGGACCUCUAAGAUGUAAUAAUAAUAUGACAGGCAUCACUUCAUUUGGGAAGAGGAAAUGUGGCAAUGCUGAUGGCCCUGGUAUCUACACUCGACUCACAAAGCAACACAUUAAAUGGAUAAGGAAAACCAUAGGGGGGGCCCAGCAGAUUGGGUUUGGGCCACAUGGUUUGUGUAAAUGA